AUGGUCCAUUUGAUCUUGACUGGAGCCACGGGUCUUGUGGGAGCAUCCGUUCUCUCGCACAUUCUUUCCCUCCCGUCAACGAGUACACCCGCCAUUCAUAAGCUAUCAAUCAUCACUCGCUCUAGCUCAAUCCCCUGGCUAUCAACCACUCCUCCACCAGGGACGCCGGCCGUCAACAAACACACCCAGAUCGAAGUCAUCGAGCACAAAGAUUUCACCUCAUAUCCACCGGACCUGUUGGAGAGACUGAAAGGUGCCGACGCUUGCAUAUGGGCCUUGGGCGUAAGCCAGAACGACGUGUCCAAGGAGCAGUAUGUGACGAUCACAAAGGACUAUACCAUGGAGGCGGCCAAGGCGUUUUCCUCGCUACGAGAGUCGGCGUCGUCGUCCAUUUCGGGGUCUCCUUCUGAAGACAAGCCUGACGGGAACAAAAAGUUCAAAUUCAUCUACGUUUCCGGCGAAGGCGCGACGCUGCAUCCGCGACCCUGGACACCCCUCUUCGGCCGCGUCAAAGGCGACACGGAACAUUCUCUGCUCCAACUCUCCAAGACACCGCCCUACUCCAAUCUCCUCUCAGUCUACUCGGUCCGCCCCGGCGCGGUGGACGGCCACAACCAGCCCUGGCUCUGGGAGCCGAUCCUGAGGGAGAAGCGAACCGCCUUUCAGCGCUUUUACCUGGGGAAGGCGUUGGUCCCGAUCCGAAGGGGUUUCCUCGGCGAGGGAUUGCACACCCCGACCGAGGAACUGGGCCGCGUGUUAGUGGAAAUGGCCGUUGGGGAGCAGCAGGGCCCGUUUGAAAUUGGAGACGGCGUUGAGGUGGAAGGGGAAGGGCGGACGCUGGGGAACAAGAGGGUCAGGAUGUUGGGUAGGGGGGAGGGAUGGUGGAAAUAA